AUGAACCGCUAUUGGUGGGGAUCAGGAACUGAUCGGGGAAUUCACUGGAAGGCUUGGGAUAGGUUAUGCAUCUCGAAAAAACAUGGGGGCCUGGGGUUCAAGGAUCUGAGUGCUUUCAAUUUGGCAAUGCUAGGUAAGCAGGCAUGGAGAUUGCUUACUAACACUGAUUCGUUGGUGUCGCACAUUUAUAAGGCCAGAUACUAUCCUAAGGAUACAUUUUCUGAGGAUGAACAGAAUCCUAUGAUUCAAACUGAGAUGCCACCACAGUUAGCUGGAGCAAGGGUUGAGGGGUUGAUUGACCAGGAUACUGGUUCAUGGGACCAACAUAUUCUCACUGAUAUUUUCCUGCCAGUUGAUAUACCUAAAAUCCUAAAAAUUCCGAUCUCUCCAGAUUAUGAUGAUAUGUGGUAUUGGUAUAAGGAUCUGAAUGGUUGUUACUCUGUCAAGAAUGGCUAUAGAUGCAUUAUUGGAAAUUAUGAGAAUAAUAAUGAUGGGGCAUUUAGCAAUUGGACCACUUUAUGGAAAUUAAAAAUUCCAUCCAAAUGGAAAACCUUCCUAUGGAGAGCUAUUAGUGAUAUCCUACCCACUACCAAUAAUUUGCUUAUAAAGAGAGUGGAAGUUGAUCUGAUGUGUGCCAUGUGUAGGAUCAUGAAUGAGGAUGCUAUGCAUUCAUUACUGCAAAUUUAUAUCAUAUUUGGAGAGCACGGAAUGGAGCUGUGUGGGAUGUCUGUCUACCGCGACCAAAAUGUAUUAAACUGGGGCCGUCAACGCGGGGAUACCUUCCAGCAGAAGGUGGCAAGGUGCGGAGAAGCGUUACGGAAAUGGGGAGGGGAUUAUGCGCAACGGUUUGGGCGGCGUUUACGGGGACUGCUCAUACUGCUUGAGAAUCUGAGAGGCAGUUACCGGGAAGCAGAUUUGACACGACUACGGGAUGUGGAAUGUGAAAUCCGCAAUCUUUAUGCGCAGGAAGAGCUGUACUGGAGGCAACGAUCCAAGCAAUUAUGGCUGGAAGCCGGAGAUCGUAACACUAAAUUUUUCCACGCUACAGCAACGACCAGGAAACGUAACAAUGCUCUACGGCGUGUCCGAGACAUCACGGGCUCCUGGGCAGAGGGACAGAACAUGCAUGAUGAAAUCUUGAGGUACUAUGAAUUUAUUUUUCAAACGCAAUCAUGUGAUAUUGCCCUUUUGAAUAGGGUGCCGACAUGUAUUACUGAGGCUAUGAAUGCUGAACUUCUGCGGCCGAUUGAGCCUAAUGAAGUGCAGCAAGCGCUCUUUUCCAUGUCACCGGAUAAAUCUCCGGGACCUGACGGGAUGACUCCCGCUUUCUACCAAUCUUUCUGGUCAAUUGUGGGGGAAGAUCUCACACGUUUUGUGCGGGAUUGCAUCACAAAUUGUGACUUUCCAAUUGGCCUGAAUGAAGCAAACAUUGUUUUGAUUCCAAAGAAGAAAGUCCCCGAAACGGUCUCUGAUUUGAGACCGAUUGCUUUGUGCAAUGUUGCGUACAAAGUGAUUGCUAAGGUGGUAGCAAACCGGUUAAAAGCUGUUCUUGAUGUUAUUAUUUCACCGUCACAAAGUGCCUUUGUCCCGAAUAGAUUAAUUACAGACAAUAUUAUUGUGGCCGGGGAAGUAGGGCACUAUUUGCGAAGAAAGAAUGGGGGUAAAGACGGUUGGGCGGCUUUGAAGCUGGACAUGGCCAAGGCUUACGACCGUAUGGAAUGGGGUUUCUUGCAAGGUAUGUUAACAGCACUGGGAUUCGCCCGGGAAUGGGUGGACUUGGUGUUAUUGUGUGUGAGUACAGUCAGAUAUAAUAUCCUGGUCAAUGGGGAAAUUGCCGGUGCAGUGACUCCAACAAGAGGAAUUAGACAGGGGGAUCCGAUUUCGCCGUAUCUAUUUAUUGUUUGUGCCGAAUGUCUGUCUCUUAUUCUGUACCAACAGGAAGCUGGUGGCAAUAUCCAUGGGAUCAAAGUUGCGAGAGGGGCUCCCUCGAUCUCGCACCUCUUUUUCGCAGAUGACAGCCUUCUGUUCUUCAAGGCGAAAGAUUGUGAAGCUCAGGUGGUGAAAUCAUGUUUAGACCGCUAUUGUGCUGCCUCGGGCCAACUCAUCAAUUUUGACAAAUCUAAUAUUUUAUUUAGCAAAAAUACUGGGAUGGAUAUGCGUUCCCAUGUGGCAGGUGUGUUUGGGGUGCGGCAGACAGAGGAUUUUGGCCGUUAUUUGGGACUCCCAUCGUUCCUUGGGCGAAACAAAUCUGAGGUGUUUCGAUAUAUUGAGCAACGGGUUCGGGAUAGGAUUACUAUGUGGCAGGAAAAUUUUUUGAGUAGAGCAGGCAAAGAGAUUCUUUUAAAAAGCGUAGCUCAAGCCAUGCCCAUUUUUGCCAUGUCUGUUUUCCUUCUUCCAUUAGGAGUUUGUGACGCUAUUGAAAAGCUAAUGAACCGUUUUUGGUGGAACAGUGGCGGGUCGGGCAACAGAGGUAUUCAUUGGAUGAGCUGGACUAGGUUGGCAACCCCAAAAUGCAGUGGUGGGAUGGGUUUCAAGCGCCUCCAUGAUUUUAACCUGGCGCUAUUGGCAAAGCAAGGAUGGCGCCUCUUGAUGAAUCCCGAGUCUCUGGUGGCUAGACUUCUCAAAGCUCGGUAUUUCCCUACGAAUUGUUUUCUUGAUGCCAAGUUGGGGCACAACCCGAGCUUCCUUUGGCGUAGCAUCCUAGCCGGGCAGGAUGUGUUGCGACAAGGCGUGUCGCGGAGGGUGGGUGAUGGGCGAGACACUCUAAUAUGGGGCUGGCCAUGGCUGAUAGACUCAGGGGAUCCCACUAUUCAUACACCACGUAUUGAACAACUAAAAGACGCUACUGUAAGUAAUCUUCUGACAGCGGAUGGCAAAUGGGAUGAGGAGCUGCUGCGUGAUAUUUUCAUUGAGGAGGAUAUCCAGAGGAUUAUGAACACUCCUAUUUCUCCUUCAUACACGGAUACAUGGUGCUGGAGGGGGGACUCGCGGGGAAUCAAUUCGGUCAAGCAAGGAUAUCAUCUUCGCACUAGCCAGCUGCUCCAUUCUAACUAUGAUGGCAGAUUUGGAGAAUGGAAGAAGUUGUGGGCGUUGCCUGUUCCCCCAAAGAUCAGAAAUUUCCUUUGGCGCUGCGUCUCGAAUUUGCUACCGGUCCGUGAAAACCUUCAGGUUCGAGGGGUGUGGAUUGGUGGAGGUUGUCCAUUAUGCAUCGCCGACCAGGAAUCAAUCUCGCAUUUAUUUUGUGAUUGCACAGUGGCCAUUCAAGUCUGGAAUUCUGUCCAAAUUAAAGGUGGUGUCUCUUUUGUUGAUAUGAUGGAGGCUAAUCUACGCAGUACGCCUAAUUAUGCUCUAAAUGCAGUUGCAGGCCUUUGGGUUAUUUGGCUUGCAAGGAAUGAGAUGGUUUGGAAUGGCAAUGCUUGGCCACUUUCGAAACUGCUGAAGGAUAUUAAUGAAUUGGUGAAGCUCUGGACAGACACGUAUGUGAACUCAGACUCACACAGGAGUCCCCGGCCUUCAUGCUCUACCCACAUUCUGCACCGACAGCCGAGGUCCAUCUUACGUUGCAACGUCGACGCGGCAUUGAAGGGGGAGGACGUAGGAUACGGAGCAGUUAUCUGUGCCCACACCGGUCAAUUUGUCGCUGCCCGCAGUGGUAAACUCUCUUGUGCACCAAUUCCUUAUUUGGCGGAGACGAUGGCGGUGAAAGAAGCUCUCUCAUGGCUCAAGAGUAGAUCCAUCCGGGAAGUCAUCAUCGAAACAGAUUGUCAAGCUUUUUGUAUUAGUUACAAUUCUGGACUUCUAGAUUUAUCGUAUGUUGGUUUAGUUGUAAAGCAAUGUCAAUCCAUUGCUAGGGACGUUGGGAACGUUCAGGUUCGCCAUGUCCGUAAGUCAGGGAACCAUGUGGCUCACGCGCUGGCGAGGGCGACUGUUUCGUUAUCUGUCCUUGGUGUGUGGGAUGACCACCCGCCUUCUUGUAUCGCGCAUUUGAUUUAA